AUGUGGCACGCUCCUUUAGAUCAUUCAGAAUCUUCAUCCUACGAGGACGAGGGAAUUGACGAGGGAGAACUGUCCACCUCUUCAAUUACUUCGGCAGAUUCUCCAAAUAAUGCGUCUUUUUCCGGCUCAACUACAACUGUACGUUACAAAAUUCCUGUUAUUACUUCACCUUUCUUACCGCGACUCUAUUCAAGUGAUAUUGUUGAAAUGAAUACAAACUUACAAUCACCACGGCAUAGAAAUCGCAACAGAAGAAGUUGUCAAAGGUUUCAACCUUACAGAAUUUCAAAUUUAUUUAUAUCCUCAUCUGAUGCGCAGUGUGAUCUGCAAAGUUCAGAAGAAACAAAUAUUGCACACUUCGGCACUCAAGAGGAAUCAUCCUAUAGAGUUACAAUUUCGGACAGAAGCCCAUACAGAGAAUCCUUGUCAGAGAUUCAGCAAGAUACAGAAAAUAGGACUCCAUCUUUAUCCCCAGAUCAUAACUUAGUGGAAAAUUUGAUUCAAAUUUCUGAGGAUGGCAGUGUCAUAUCUUCUACUCUAUCGUUCGAAGAUUACGACUCAAUAGAUAGUUUCCAAUCAUCAAUGCAAAUCGAGUCGGAGUCGUCUCAUAGAGAAAUUCAUAACAAUAACCAAAAUUUAUAUAAUUCUUCAAAUGAGAUAUACAUAGACCAAGUCGCGGAAUCUUUGCUUGAUUCAGUCUUGAAAUCUAAAGACGUACGUGCACAAACGCUCAAAUCAAAUGCAAAAACAGUAAUAGAGAACUUUCAAUGUGACAAUGAAUCACUGGCGCCGUUACUGCGUCUCGUUAACAAAUUACCAUCACCAACUCUGAGAGCAGAAAAAUUAGCUAAAAAUUUAGUAAAACUGUCACGUUAUCUUAAAUCCCCUAAUCUAAGUGAGCUGAAUUGUUUAGAUUGUACUCGUAUCCCUACUUCACCGGUCACAGGAGAGUGUGGUCACUCUCGAUGCCUCAGUUGUAUAAAAUUAAAUGGUGCUUGUCCUUGCGGUGCUAAUGCACCAAAAAAUGCAUUUGUCAAUACAGUUGUGCGGGAGCUAGUACAAAAAAUGACCAAAUAUAUUAAAAAACCAAGAAUAGCAGAUCCUGGAUCAAUUGCAAGAACGACUGAAAAAAAGGUGACUGUUUCUGGAGUAGCUCGUCCACGAUGCUUGGUACAGCGUGGCUCGCAAUACCGAAAGACCCAUAAUUCGGCAUCCAUGACUUACUACACGCAUAGUUUUUCGCGCCCACGUGAACCUAUGACUGUGCAGGCUCGACAUCGUAAAGCACGAGAGCUGAUAUGUGCGGGCAAGUUUUUAGAAGCAGCUUCCCAUCUGGCCCGCGUCGCCUCCACCCAACCAUUCGCGCACGUGGCUAGGAAGCUAUUGGCACAGACAAUAACGGUUCUGUGCGAUGGGUAUGAACCGAGACAUGUAUGGCGUAAACUCAGUCAGUCUGUUCGAGAGCAGUCCACGUACAGCUGGCUGAGACCGUCAGACCUAGAGUGUGUUAUAUGCACUGGCACGUUCACUAACCCCGUGUCCACUCCUUGCGGCCAUACUUACUGUAGGAGAUGCAUUGAACGUUCUCUCUACUAUAAGAGGAACUGUGCACUCUGCUUGGGACCGUUGAAAGACUUCAGUGUAGAGGAGACUCGAGAUACACAAUUCAUAAGAUCUAUACUGGCUUCUAUUGACGUAUCUCCGGUGCCGGAUAAUUCGAACGUCAUACCUAUUGUCACGUGCUAUGUAGCUUUUCCUGGAAUGCCAUGCCCGCUGUUCAUAUCCGAUCCAAAGUAUUGGGAGAUGGUGUGUCGUGUAAUGGAGUCGGGAUCUCGUAGAUUUGGAAUGCUCGCCUAUGAAGAAGGCGCUACGUACGCCGACUAUGGCACUGUGCUUGAAAUUUGUGAUUGCGUUGUAUUUGAAGAUAAUCGCUGCAUACUAUCGACCAUUGGCGUGUCUAGGUUUAGAGUUCUAGAGCGAUAUGUAAAGCAAGGAUGUAACGUAGCCCGUAUUGAAGUGUUAAACGAUGUUAUGCCAUCGGAGGAUGAAAUCCCAGAUAUACAUUUAGUAGACGCCCAAAUACUAUAUAAAGCGUUGACUUGGUUGAAAAAUAUGGAUGAAUCGGUGAAAGAGGAAAUUGAAACCGCCUUCGGUCCAUUGCCGUAUUAUGAUAUAUACAAUACCCCACAUGUGUGGUGGUCGACGGCAGACGGCCCCCAUUGGCUUUGGUGGCUCAUAACCAUACUACCCCUUAAACCUGAGAUAAAGAUAUUAAUGAUUUCAACGUGUAGUCUUCUGAAGCGCAUGUUGGCAGUAUCCAGGACACUUGAUGUAAUGAAUGUGGAGUCCGAUAGAUCAGUUUACUUUUCAACUAUAAGGGAACCAACAGACGCGCCCACCGACCAAAGGUGGUCUAUGGGAAAUAUA